AUGGAACAUGGGAGACGAGCUGGAAGUAGCAAAAAUGUCACUACGGUUACCACACAAGAACCACAUCAAGCCUUUAAGGCCCACACGGAGACCCUGAUUGAAAAAAGAAAUGUGAAAGUUCUGAGCAAACGGAGCAGAAGCACAGAGAAUCUUCCUACUUUCAAGCUACCUGUUAGCAACAAAGCCCCGUGUACUGGACGUCCAUUACAGGAAAACACCCAAAGGAUUAGUUUAUCAAAUGGGACACCAAACAUCCUAAGGACCUCUAGCUUUUCUUCAGUGGACCUUCGGAGAUGCACAGAUUGCCACAGGAGGAGCCCCGUAAAAAACAAAACACAAAUGCUGAAACUAAUCGGCAGCAUGACUGACCUCACUGUCCGACAGUCACCCGUAUCGCCCACAUCUCCAACAGAUGCAGCCGCAGAUUCCACAGAAACCUCUUCGGUCAAGUCCAGGCGAAGAAGUGGGCGCCCGAGACCUAGGCCCAUUUCUGACUAUGCACAGCUGGUUUCCAGGAAGCAUUUAAUCCCCGAGGAAGCUGCUGAGCAGUAUGACGAGGAAAGGACAUCUGACACGCUGCUGCAUAAUGUCUGCGGUGAUAACAGGAAUGGAGUCAGCUCUGAAAACUGUAGCAUGAACGGAGACGUGCAACGACAUCGGCCCAUCUCAGUGAUCGGAGCCGUGGAUCUGUUCCCUGCAGAUUCAGAGUUGGAGGAAGACUGCCUUCCUUCUCCUUUAUCACGACCGCCCAUCCCCUCCCAUCAGGUGCCCCCCUACAAAGGAGUUUCUGCCAGGUUUCGCCCCUCCGUUCUUUCCCAGAGCACCCCCAUCGGACUGGACCGCGUGGGGCGGCGGAAACUCCACAGAGUGCUCAGCGAUGGUGUGUCGGAGCGCGGGGCCACACUCGACGACAGCGUGAGCGAGGAGGAGGAGAGCAGCUUUGAUGAGCUCUCUGAUGUCACGCCCUACCUGCAGCCAGGGGUGGACCUCUCUGUUCUCAACGAGUGGAUAAGCUCCGGCCAGGCGGUGUACGCUGAGCCUCUCUGGGAUCAUUUGUCCAUGGAGGAGCAGGAGCUUUCCUUCAAGGCUGGAGAUGUUAUCCGUGUCCUGGACGCCUCACAUAAGGAAUGGUGGUGGGGCAGGGGGGCUGACAAGGAAGGCUGGUUCCCCUCCAGCUUUGUGAGAGUGCGUGUGAACCAGGAGGACUCGGGUGCUGAGAGUGUGGAGAGCGUAGCAGACCAGAAAGAUCCAGCUCCUCAGGACAUGCAUGCUACGCAGCACAGGGAGCAGAUGAGAACCAACGUGGUUCAGGAAAUCAUGAACACUGAGCGCAUCUACAUCAAGCACCUAAAAGACAUCUGCGAGGGUUACAUCCGUCAGUGCCGGAAAUAUCCCGGCAUGUUCACCGAGCUGCAGCUAAAGACCAUCUUUAGCAACAUAGAAGACAUCUACAAGUUCCAGAGGCAGUUCCUCAAAGACCUGGAGAAGAAGUACAACAAAGAACAGCCACACCUCAGUGAAAUAGGCUCCUGCUUUCUCCUGCAGGGCGAGGGCUUUUCCGUCUACUCUGAAUACUGUAACACUCAUCCAGCUGCCUGUGCCGAGCUGCAGUGCCUCAUGAAGAUCGGGAAAUAUAAACACUUCUUUGAGGCCUGUCGCCUCCUCCAGCAGAUGAUUGACAUUUCCCUCGCUGGUUUCUUACUUACGCCUGUUCAGAAGAUCUGCAAAUACCCUUUACAGCUGGGUGAACUGCUCAAGUACACGCCCAAAGAUCACAGUGACCACGCUGGUGUCAGUAAAGCAUACGAAGCUAUGAAGAAUGUGGCCAGUUUAAUUAAUGAAAGGAAGAGACGACUGGAGAGCAUCGACACCAUCGCUCACUGGCAGGUGGCCAUUUUGCACUGGGAGGGUCCAGAUGUGCUGGAGCGCAGCUCGGAGCUGAUCCACUCCGGUGAACUGACUCGAGUCGUCCGACAAGGUAAAAUGCAGCAGCGCAGCUUCUUCCUGUUUGACCACCAGCUGGUCUACUGCAAAAAAGACGUCCUGCGCAGAGACUUGCUCCACUAUCGAGGCCGGCUGGAUAUGGAUCAGGUGGAAGUGGUAGACGUCCCUGACGGGUGGGACUCGGAUCUGGGCCUGACUCUGAGGAACGCUCUGCGGCUGCGCCAUGCCGACACGCUGGAGUUUGUGUGCAUGCUGUGCGGCAGGAAGGUCCAGGACAAGCAGAGGUGGUUACAGGCCUUCGCUAAGGAGAGAGACAGAGUUAAAGAGGACCAAGAGAUGGGAAUGGAAAUCAGUGAGGAACAAAGAAAACAGGCCAUUUUUAAGGCCAGAAGGCCUAAACACGGGAAGAUCAAAGGUAGGAAAAUAUGCUCCAUCCCGCCACACCACCAGAACCUGACGCCCCUCCAGCAGCGCCACGUCAACAUUCCAACCAGCGUGCCUCAGCAGCAGGUCUUCUUCCUGGCCGAGCCCCCCAAACGAAAGCCUUACCACCUGCUGUACAGCAUCACCCGCAACGCCUUCUUCAGAAAAUGA